CUUCUUUUGGUUGCAUCUCAAGCUCGUGUCUCUCCAAGCAUAUCUCAUCUCAGCCCUUCCUCGUGAGCCUUUCCCGGUGCAUAGCGCCACUCUCGUUCAUAUCCCUGUCCGCCCCAGCUGUCCCUCUCACUAAAGUUAUUACUAUUUUGAAACGCGCAGUUGUAUACUUCUGCUUACCCUGCCUCCAUGAAUUCCUCCGACUCUGGAUUUUUUGAAUCCUCUUCCUCGAGGACACGCUCUCUGCUACGGACACAUACUGCCUUGCGUCCUGGACUUGUUAUUAACCGUCGGAGUCUGCAGGUUUUCUCACAUAAGAACUCAGAAAUCCCACGCAGGCCUUCUAGUCGGCCUUCUAGUCGGCCUCAACACACCUCUGGACCGACCGUCAUGCUGAACGUGUCGUCCUCGUCCUCGCCCACAAAAUCGGUUAAGAGAGGGAAGACGUCAGCUAUCAAAGGCAAGCCAACCAAGAGAUCGGGUACUGUCUUGCGCGCUGUUCCAUCGGCCACCGCUUGUGCAACGGCUCCCCUCUCCCCACUAGAGCAAGACAUGGCCACCCUACCCAAUCAGGAAAUUCUCACAAACAUUGCUCGCAUAUCACCAACCUCAGAUGGCCUGUCAGCUACUCGGUCACUUCCUCAAAACAUUACCUCUCGCCCCCGGGCCCGCAGCAGCAGUGCUGUGCUCUCUCCUAUCCAGGCUGGGACGGAAAUGAAGUUCUUCUCCGGUAGUACCGACCCGAGAGCCAUUAUUGGCACUUACAAACAUGGAAUAUUCCACUGGGAACAUAAGGACAAGACGUCCAUCGACACCCAAAGCUUUCGACCCGCCGGAUCUGUCCGGUCAGAGCCUCAUUCACCAAGCUCUAGGAAGAGUCGGAGACCUAGGAUACAAGUGAUAAUCCCUGACGACCAGCGCAAUCGGCCACUUCCGUCCCUACCAUUUUUUAACCACACCAAGAGUCGAUCAGCUUCCGCCGAGAUCGUAUCUGGUCAUGAGAUCUCGCCACCCUCUGGAUCCAAAAGCACUCGAGUUCGCGACUCCAUGGUCUCUCCUCUUAGCGCACAACAACACCAACAACAACCACAGAACCAGUUGAUGUCAUCGAUCAAUGCUAACAUUUCCAAUACCCAACGCGAAUCCUCAGGCAAAAACAAUGCUCCUUCUCACUCCAACUCGUCUGACGAAUCUCAUGCAGACGAUGCAUCGUCAGUUUACAGCCAGCCGUCGUCAAUGACAAGUAACGAAGCUACCAGUCCUCCAGGGGACGAACAGCAAAACAAUCUCCGGAAACGCACAGUCACCCGAACAUUCUCCAUUAAGUCGCCCGUGGACGUAGGAAUUUUUGAUGACGAAGCACGUGUAGUUCCUAAGUCCGUAAAUGCAAGCGCUGAAACCGGACCUUAUAAUCCGUCCCCGAUAAGCACGCCACCACGUCGUUAUGCGCCCCAUCCACCCAUUGAAGAGGAUGCGAUGUUUCAACCCACUUGCCCGCUUCGGCCGGCGCGCAAGCCUUCAAAUGAUUUACCUCGUCGACAGCCAUCCACGCGCAGGUCAUUAAAUCGCAGCAUUCGUCGCAGGAGCCUUGCGUCCAACCCAAAGAUGGGAGUCUUGAACCAAGCAAUGUCGCGCUCAGAGUCCAAGCAAAUCUCAAAUGGAAUUCCGAGCCCAACUCUUAGCGAAGCGGAAAAUGAUCUUGAGCAGCACCUCACCUCAUUUACCGAUGACAACCCGUUCAAGUGGGAUCAGUUGCUUGAAGGAACAAAAUCCAGCAACAAAGAACUCUCGGGUCCCCCCCCAGCUCUCCCCCGCAAAUCUAGCAAACGACAUUCACAGUUCGGUGCAUCCAACUUCCGCUUAUCUCAGGUACCUUGCGACCAUAUCGCUUCGCAACUGAAGAGGAACCGGUCGCUGGGAAAGGGAAAAGGCCUUACCAUCAACAUCCCUUCAAAGUCUAAGCGGGUGGUUGACUCUUUUGUUCUUUCACCGAUUCCUGGAAUUCCUGGCGUCCCAAUGAUUCCACCCAAAGCUACUAAACGAAGCAUCACACCAGGAGUUGCGGAGAACGUCAUCCUGGGGAUUUUGCAGAGUCUGGACUGUUUGGACGAUCUGUUCGCUACGGCCGUUGCUAACAGAGGCUUCUAUCGAGUAUUCAAGCGCCAUGAGCUCGAUUUGAUGAAAGCCACGUUGAGGAAAAUGUCGCCGCCUGCUUGGGAGCAUCGUGAAAUUUGCUACCCGGGGCAUGACCAGCAAACUCCAGAAGAUCUUGAGAGAGAAUGUCCAAGACGGGAUUACACGCCAACGACAUACCUUAAGUACUACAUGCGCGAUCUUUACAUCAUUGCUGCGCUCAAGUCGCUCAUCAAAGACAAGUGCCAAUCUUUUUUACGACCGGAGAUCUCCGUCGCGCUUGUGAGUAAUAAUGAAAUCGAGUCUUCACGGGUAGACGAUGCGUUGUGGCGCAUAUGGACUUUCUGCAAAAUAUUCGGGUCUGGGAAAGGACGCGAGGAAGACAUUGUAGCCCAGAUGGAUUGGCUGAAAGGUGGCGAGCUUGUCCACCAGAAGACGUGCACAUACAGUAUUCUGACCACGGAUUCCAUUGAUAUGAACGACACGUUGGCCAGUGCCCCGGAAUGUUUCGCAAAGGGAAACGAAGAUGGUUUGACUGCGGAAGAGCUGUUUGAUAUGAUGGAGCUAUGGAAUUGUCUGGGUGUAUUACUUCAGCCGUUUGAGGGUCGCACAAUACAGGCUCGGGAGCACGGCGUCUACGAAAACACAGAGGUUCGUGGAGGCGAUAUUGAUGGGGAAGAGCAGAUGCUAGAUGAAUGGUAUUAUUACCUUCUUACACUUGGUCUCUCCCCUGUCUUAGACCUUGCUGCUCCAUGUCGCCAGACAGACGCUUCAGCCUUUAUUCUAGCAUCUCAAAAUGGCUGGAUGAAUUGGAAGCCACCCAUCUUCGGCGGGACCCGCAGGAAUUUCCUUAAAGAAGCUGCGUCUCGUGUCUACGAAGACAAGAUUGCCAUUACCUAUGCCGAAAGCUCCACCAAAGAAGUUCAGCGUCAGCUUUCCAAGCAACGCAUUCAACGGCAUAUUACCGAACUUCGCAAACGCAAGAACAGUGGCGAGAGGAUGCCGGAGAUCCGCAUGAGUCAGGAGCGUCCCAUGAGUGAGUGGGAAGGGGUCAUGGACAAUCUUACCAAGCCUCGACCGCCUCCUCCGUCUUCUAACAUCGUCUCUUACAUUCCAUCUCUUCGAUCCGCUGCUCCAACUUCUGUCCUAGCUCAGCAACUUACCAUGACCGUGGCCGAACUCCCUGCAUCCAGGACACCACCACCACCUCCUCGCCCCCGAUCACCACCAAGGCGGGUUAUUGCCGAGCCUCUACUUCCUACACCACCCCCAUCUACUGUUCCUAGUGUUGCUGACUGGGAAGCGCGAAGCGUUGCACCAAGCAUGCCUUCUAUCGACGAACAUCCCAUUUUCCAAACCCGCACAGAAACUAUCCCAAGCAUGCCUUCUUUAGAAGAGCAUCCAGCAUUUACCCGCCAUCUUCGGCAGAUGAGUGGCAAUGGCCCUCCUCCUCAGACUUCUUCUUCCAGCACACCUUCUCUCGAAGAACAUCCUGCUUUCCAACAGCAUCCUCGCCAACAUGAAAUCUUCCAGAGCGAUGCCACACAGAACACUGCUGAAAAAGCCGUAUAUCGCAUCGUUGAGAUGGGGUUCACAGCCGAGCAGGCAAGGCAUGCUCUGCGCGUGACCGACCUUGGAGAUGGUCUCCGGGUUGAUCGCGCCGUUGAGUUGUUGCUUCGAGAAGUUUAAGUUUAAGUUUAUUGAUUUCCCUGCACAUAUUUAUGGCACUUUUUAUACACUCGCUUGAUAAUCCUGAAGCCUUUUCUUUCAAUGUCCUGCUACAUCUUUGGGGGUAUUGAAAUUGGAGUUUGAGCUUGAAUUUGACAGCAGCCUGGUUCAGGGAGUUUUCUGGAACAUGCUGCUUUGAGUCAACAUCGAGCGUUUUGCACGAGAUACCCAUCGUUUGGAUUAUUUUCUUCACAUAUCUUGUAUACCAGACGGAUUAGAGAUUGAACAGGAUUGGAUGAGAAUUGAGAUUCGUAUGAGGGUAGUCGCAUACAGAGAAACGUCACUCAAAACU